UCGCUAUAGACGCGGUGAUCAUGGAUGACGAGCGCGUCAUUGGAUUGUCGACGGACUGGACGGCCAACACCAUCGGGCUACAAGCACUGUACUUUGGUUGAGUAUCAAGACCACGCGCCUGGAAAAUCAUCCUUUUCGUCGAAUGCUUCCGAUUGUCUACAUAUCGUACGUUAGCAGCCAUUUCACUUCAAUUUCGAUACUCGUGCGUAUGCGGCAUCGCACGCGGUCCUUUUUUCUCUCCCGCCUCUCCCUCUCCUCGCUUGCUCCUCUCGCCCCUCUGCUGAUACGUGGUGCUCUGCGUCGCCGAGGCUGCCGCACCUCUCACGACGCCGCCGACGAUGUCUGUCACUGGCCCGGUCACGGUCGCCGUCAGGCUGGCAUAGAAAACCGCAUCGACAUCUUGGACUGUUGUCUCCAGGUCGAAGGAGGGCGCGCGCCGGUGUGAAGCAUCUUCGGGGUCUUUCAGCUGUCGGGUGCUAUCCUAUCUACAGACCUUCGAUAUUCCUGAUGGCUUUCGCAGACGCUGGACUUGAGCUCGACGUUGGUCCUUAUUUAGCA